UAGACGCCAACAGUUCUUCUUCUCUGAUACCCACCUCUUCUCUCUCUCUCUCUAUCUCUAAAACCCUAUCCAUUCCGCCAUUAACGAAAAAAUCAUCAUACCUUUCUGUCCACGGCAAAGAGUACUCAUCCGUCCUUCUCCCUCUCUCUGUUUAGGGCUUGCGAUCACUGUUAAUGGACUAUUGCCUCUCCAACCACACUAUCUGCGCCCCUCAGCCUCUGCCUUCCGCGUUGAAGCCGGACUCCCUCAGGGUCUCCGACCUCGGCCGGAGGAUCGCCUGCGCUCGUCCUCGUCUUCCCCGGCGCCGGCCCCUGGCCGUGACCGCCGGGCCCAGCCACUGCGAGUCCAGCAGCCUCAACACGCCGCUGGUGCCCCGGUCCGCCGUGGGGAAGUACCUGAGCAGAGUGUUGCAGAACCAGCGGCAGCUGUUCCACGUGGCGGUCUCUGAGGAGCUCAAGCUGCUGGCCGAUGAUCGCGACUCCGCCGUCGCCCGCAUGGUCCUCAGCGACGGCUCCGACGAAGCUUGCCUCCACAGUUACCAAUUCUGACUGCCUUGUCCCACUGAACCACGCUACGUGGAGUUCCGGCAAACUGAAGCUGAGGAUCGUGGAGCUUAAGGAGCGGGAUUGCAGAAACACUAUUGAAGAUGUCAUGUACAUGCUUAUCCUCUUCAAGUUUUCUGAUAUCAAAGUCCAGUUGGUCCCGAAGCUUUCUAGGUGCAUCUACAAUGGAAGACUAGAGAUAUGGCCUGCAAAGGACUGGGAACUAGAGUCUAUCUACAGCUACGAUGUCCUUGAAAUGAUCAAGGAGCACGUUUAUGCUGUCACAGGACUGAGGCCAAAAUCUAGUGUCACAGACCACUGGGCCACAACCCAGGUCUGCCUGUGGCAUCUCAGCAACAUCUAUGCGGCCUCAAUAUUGUACGGAUACUUCCUAAAGUCUGCUUCCACGAGGUACCGCUUGGAACAGACUUUGUCUCUGUCUGAUAGCGACCAAGGAAUCCUCAGGAACUCCCUUCAGCCUUCCAAAACUUGGCCUUAUGGGUGGAACAACCUCGUCUUAGGUAAAAGAGGAAACGAGACGGAACCCUCUCCCCUGGACCAGACAUCUACGAAGCUAAGCUGUUACAUGAUGGGUUUCGACUCGGAGACACUGCGUAGAUGCGCAAAGGUGAGGUCAACUGUGGCCACGGAAUUGAUCGAGAAGCAGACUAUUGCGCUGUUUGGGGACAGGCGUUCUUUGGUGUCGACGGGAAAGGAAAUGGGUGGUCAGGUGAUACGGACCUCAUUCUCGAGUCUAAAGAGGCUGGUUCUUGAGGCUGUGGCUUUUGGGUCUUUCCUCUGGGACAUCGAGGAGCAUGUUGAUUCUGUGUAUAGUAUCCGCGGCAGGUGAAGGACGCUCAGGAAGUAAGUGAGCUUGUUGUAUAUAACGGUUUAGCGAGAAGGAGUGGGUGACAAGUAACAUUUGUCGCCCUUUUCUUUUUUACGUAAAUAGAAGUUUGAUUACCGGUUCGUUCCUUGUGAUCGGCGGUUUUGCUUUCUGUCUAUAGGUGCUUACGCGAAUAAUGUACAGGUAAAUAGAUUACUACCGUGGUGUCCCACGGUUAGGAUUUUAUAUGAAGGCGUGGAUCACUUUGGCCUUUCUUUGAUUGGCAUUCUGUUGCAUGCUUUGGUUUUCUGUAUAUUCUUCGUCUUUCUAUAAAGCUCCCAUUGGUAUAA